AUGGAUCAAAAAUUUUCACCGGAAUACUUUGGGGCGAUCUUUAGAUUCCUUCCAACUAAUAAAGAUUUGUACUCUUGCCUUUUGGUUAAUAAAUAUUGGGCUACUUGUGCCAUUCCGAUUUUAUGGGAAGCGCCAUUCAGAAUUAGUGAUAAUUUUAUUCCGUCUCCUAAAGUGAUUCAAACCUAUCUUGCGUUUAUACCAGAUAGGGCUAUUUCAAACUUAGACAGAGGGUUAUCGAUUAAUAGACCACCUUUGUUUGACUAUCCAUCAUUUCUUAAGGAGUUCUCAUAUGAUCGAUUUAUUAAUGCUGCCGUAGCGAACAAUUGUUGUAAAGAUGUUAUAAUAGAAUUAUUGAAAAUAUUUUCAAUCAGAGAUACGAAAUUACGUAGAUUUAAAAUACAUGACUAUCUAUUUAGUCAAUAUUUUAAAAGUAAUGAUGAAGUAGCAUCUUUGGUCCUUCCUUAUUUUUCUGAAUGCACUUCUAUAUUUAAUA